UUCUUCUCCCUGCAGGAAGCUGCACAAGCCUUGAUUUAUGCUGGAAUGGCUGGGUCCAACUUGGAAAAUAUUCAAGAAAAAAUAAAUGAGUACUUGGAGAGAGUUCAAGCUCUCCAUUCAGCAGUUCAGUCACAGAAGACAGACCCUCUGAAGUCAAAACAACAGUUGGACUUGGAGCGUGCUCACUUCCUAGUUACACAGGCUUUUGAUGAAGAUGAUAAAGGCAAUGCAGAAGAAGCUAUAGAGUUGUACACAGAAGCCGUGGAACUCUGUUUGAAAACAGCUACUGAAACCUCAGAAGCAGGCCUCCAGUCCAAACUGAAACAGCUGGCUCGACAAGCACUGGAUAGAGCAGAAGCACUGAAGGAAUCUAUGUCAAAGUCAUCUCAGAAAGAAAAGCCAGCUGCAGCAAAACCAAAUCAGCCAGUCAGAACAUUCUUUCCACUGGGACCUGAUUUUUCUUUAAAUGAUAAACCACAGACAAUCAGAGCAGUACAAGCUAGUGAAUCUCAGCGUCAGAGAUACACUGCAGAGGAGAUAGAAGUACUCAGGAAGACUUCAAAGAUUAAUGGCAUUGAAUAUGUACCUUUCAUGAGUGUUGAUCUGAGGGAACGUUUUGCCUUCCCUAUGCCUUUUUCUGAUAAGUGUGGGAAGCUACCAUUAUCCCCCAAACAGAAAGCAAUGUUCGCCAAGUGGGUGCGACCAGAUGACAUAACAAAUAACCCUACAAUGAUCUAUACUGUAUCAAGUUUCAGCAUAAAGCAGACAAUAGUGUCAGAUUGUUCUUUUGUGGCAUCACUAGCUAUCAGUGCAGCAUAUGAAAGAAGAUACAACAAAAAACUGAUCACAAGUAUAAUUUACCCUCAGAAUAAGAAAGGAGAACCAGAAUAUAAUCCAUGUGGUAAAUACAUGGUGAAGCUUCAUAUCAAUGGUGUUCCUAGAAAGGUAAUCAUAGAUGACCAGUUACCUGUUGAUCAUAGUGGGGAACUUCUCUGCUCUUAUUCCAAUAAUAAGAAUGAAUUAUGGGUGUCACUAAUAGAAAAGGCUUACAUGAAGGUCAUGGGAGGAUACGAUUUUCCUGGAUCAAAUUCUAAUAUUGAUCUUCAUGCACUGACAGGUUGGAUACCAGAAAGAAUUGCUAUGCACUCUGACAAUCAAGCCUUCAAUAAAGACAGCACUUUCAGAAUGCUUUAUCAGAGAUUUCACAAGGGAGAUGUCCUUAUCACAACAGCAACAGGGGUGAUGUCUGAAGAGGAAGGAGAAAAGUGGGGUUUAGUUCCAACCCAUGCAUAUGCAGUCUUGGAUAUAAGAGAAUAUAAGGGACUUCGAUUUCUUCAGCUAAAAAAUCCCUGGAGCCACUUACGUUGGAAGGGACGAUACAGUGAAAAUGACACAAGAAACUGGACCCCAGAUUUACAAAAAUACUUGAACUUUGAUCCCAGGACAGCUCAAAAAAUAGACAAUGGCAUUUUCUGGAUUUCCUGGGAGGACCUCUGCCAGUACUAUGAUGUUAUUUAUUUGAGUUGGAACCCAAGUCUUUUUAAAGAAUCUACAUGUAUUCACAGUACGUGGGAUGCAAAGCAGGGCCCGGUGAAGGAUGCCUACAGCCUGGCCAACAACCCUCAGUACAAGCUGGAGGUGCAGUGUCCACAGGGUGGUGCUGCUGUCUGGGUCCUGCUCAGCAGGCACAUCACUGACAAGGAUGACUUUGCACACAACCGGGAAUUCAUUACGAUGGUUGUAUACAAGACUGAUGGCAAAAAAGUUUACUAUCCAGCUGAUCCUCCUCCUUAUAUUGAUGGUAUUCGGAUCAACAGUCCUCAUUAUCUGACCAAGAUAAAGCUGACCUCUCCAGGUUCCCAUACAUUCACCUUAGUGGUGUCCCAGUAUGAGAAACAAAACACCAUCCAUUACACCAUCAGGGUGUAUUCCCUGUGCAAGUUCACCUUUUCCAAGAUUCCUACACCUUACACCAUUUCCAAACGGGUUAAUGGACAGUGGAAAGGUCACAGUGCUGGAGGAUGUGGAAACUUCAGAGACACUUACAGAAAUAACCCCAUUUAUCAAUUCCAGCUAGACAAGAAUGGACCAUUACUAAUUGAACUACGGGGGCCAAGGCAAUACAGUGUUGGUUUUGAACUUGUCACCGUCUCAACAGUGGGAGAUCCUGGGUCCUAUGGCUUUCAGAAAAAAAGCAGUGGUGACUACAGGUGUGGAUUUUGCUACUUGGAGGUGGAGAACACAUUUGCUGGAGUUUACAACAUUAUCCCCACCACAUUCCUGCCUCAACAAGAGGGCCCCUUUUUCUUAGAUUUUAACAGUACUACUCCUCUUAAGGUGUCACAGCUGCAGUGAGGAGACAGAACUGUGCAGUGCUGUUUAAGGAGAUAGAGUUGAUCUAUCCAACAGCCUAAGAACAGGUGAAGAACCUUUACUACACAUGCACAAAAGAAAAUUACAUCCUGAGUUAUAGCCAAAAGCAUAGAAUCAUGGAUUGUCAGUUAAUUGUGGCGGGCACUUAGCUGUGGGUUUGCUGCUAUGGUCCAGGAGUGAGCACUGUUCAACAGGCUUGGGAAUAGGCUAAAAUGCAUAUAUUCAAAUGAACCAGCAGAACUCGAUUUAUUUCAAUUUUUCCACACUUUGAAUCAAAGUCUAGUGAGUUAUGAGAAAAACUAACAUUGAAAUUCCCUCCUCCCAACAUACAGGGUAUAUGGGCUAAAGAUUCUAUUCUUAAAAGUAAACAUGUAAGAAAAAAAAUAUUCUUGUGUAUUCUGCUUAUUCAGUCUCAGGACCAAAUAGCUUUUAUUACAUGUUUGUGCUGCUAUCUAUAAUGUUUCAGCAUGGAACUGGUUCUCACAUCUAAAUGUAAAUGUACUACUGCUGAGCCAAUAGUAUUCCAUGUGUCAUCUUAUCUGGAAUAUGUAUAUAGGAGUAAAGGAAAAGGAAGGUUCCAGCUUUAGCUAUUUCUAAAAGUAAAGCAAUUGACUUUAGUACCUAAUAGAGUAUGAGGUUCUGUGGCUUUCUUCCUGCCAUCUGCUAGACCUAGGUUGAUCCUGAUGAGCAGGAAGGCCAGGAGGUUAUCCAGCAGCAGUGUCCAGGCAGUGCAGCACAGCCUUCCUCGAGCAGCUAUGAAAGGUUUUCCUUUGAAGAUCCCCUGUAAGAUUCACUUUAUCUACUGAGGGUAGUCUCAGUUGCUGGUGCAAGGAGAUAGGGAACACCAUCAGCAACUCAGCAAAGAAAUGUUUUCUUUUCAUCACUUUUGCAAGUAUACGUCAUGUAGGAAAGGAUCAUUUAAACCUCUCCCCCAAUACACCACAGCUGCAAGGAAUGCACUUGCUGCUUCCAUUAUGCAAGACAUCUUUGAAAACAUACCUUUUUCCUUGUAAGUUGAAGCCAGUGAGGGAACUGAGCACACAGCCCCUCUCAUCAAUAGAAGCAGGGUCAGAGUUCUUAAGAAAAUAGUGGAGGUGGGAUUAAUGCAGAACAAGUUACUUUUUUCGAAGUGUCCCUCCUCUACUUGCUCUUCCUCUAGAUCUGCAUACAUUGUAUCUGAAGAGGAUUCAUGGUAAGUUUUUAUUUAAUGCCAACUGCCUCACAAAUCCUGAAAUGGAUUAAACUUUGUAAUUUUCACAAAAUUUACAAUAUUUCACCAUUGGGGGAAAGGGUAUUUUAAAAACAGCCAUAGGAAUUUUUUCUGCCAUUCACACUGGUUUGGUAGUUUUCAAGCAAAAAGUUAGCACUUAAAUCUUGCUUUAGAUUCCAAGUGUCACUUGGCCAUUGGGAAACUGAACACACAUUCUACAGUAGCCCACAGAAAUAUCUGUGGGCUAAAAUUAUUCCAACAGAAAUCUGCUAUAAGUCCUCUCCAGAAAGUAGGAGAACCUUUUGUUUCAUUUGCUUUGUCAGACAGCUGCUUAACAAGCGUGUGGUGCUGAAAGGGCAGUGAUAGCUCCUGUCUUGGGAAACACACACCUUGCUGACUGCAGUUCUCUGAGACCAUCUGGGCUAGGGAAUUUGUGACAAGUUUGUCACAGAGUGACUUACCUUCUUUUGCAGGGAAGUUUCUGAUGAUUAUUGCAAUAAAUCAACAGAGGGAACAGCCUGGGCACAAGCUGAGAAAAAAACAGAUUAGGUUCUUUGUGGUUAUGCUUUGCUUUUGGAGUAUGUGCCAAGGACUGCUUCAUCCCUAAAAUAUGAAAAUUUCAUUCAACUCCCAUUUUCCCUACAGGCUUCUGUUAAGUUUUUUGCUGAGGCUAAACCAGAAUAGCAGUGGAGUCCUCCACGUAUCUUAUCACCUCUAAAAUCAGAGGUAGUGAGGAAGUCUCAACUGAAUAUCUUUCUGACAGUACAAAAAACAGAUGCCAGAAGUGCCGGCUUUCAGCACCAAGUUCUUGCACACUCUCUGCUGUUUGAGAUCAAGCUGGUAGACUUGCCUACAGGAAAAUCUGUUGUUGUUCUUCAGUAGCUGGUUUCCACUCGGCAGGAAGGAGUUUUUCUUUCUCUUUUCCCCUGAGCACAAGUUAGUGCCAAAACUUAUGCUGCGUGGAACGAGCAUAAGGCUCAGCUUCCGUACUGUGCUGAACUUCACUGAACUAAAAAGUAAGAAAUGUACUCACUUUCCUAAUGCCAGGCAAAGGCAUUAAGGCCAAAGGAUCCUGUCCCCACCAGGAUACACUUAAUAUUUCUUACACAUUCAGAACAGUCGGUGGAUUGGGCUCAUCCCCAUUAAUGCACAGGAUUUAGGCUUAGCGUCAAUCUUAUAUAUAUAUAAAUAUAUAUAUAUAUAUAUAUAUAGCAAAUUCUAUUCAAAUAUUGCACCUGCAUAGGCUACUAGAAUGCCAUCACUGUGCACUUCCCUUCAGCUAUAGGACAGAACACUCAGGUGAAGUAUUUGAGAGGUACUACACAAUAUCCAUAUAAAUUGUAGCCGAGGGAUUCUGGCAAAUUUAUUUUGCAAUGAAGUUUUCUUGCCCUUUUUUCUUAAGAAAAAAUGUUGAUGUAAGCAUUUAGGAUUUGCUUUCAUAUUUUCUGCCAAAUAGAUACUUUUAUAUUUUUUCCACAAGUCUGGAAAAAAUACUGCAAAGUGAACUGAUCCUUCUAUUUUAACACAACCUCAGGUCACUAAGUUAAACUUUUCUUUCCCCUGUACUGUGUAGUAUUUUUUGAGCCACAUGGCAGAGAACAUAGUUUGUUCUGUUUGUUUUGUUAGGAAGAUACAGGUUAGCCCUUGGUUGAUCCAAUCCCUCAGUUCUCAAAGAUUCAGUGAGAUGUAGUACCAUGGAUGAAUGCUAUCAACAGCUUCUAGCCCAGCUGCCCCAGACUGUGAGUCUGAGUCCAGUCCUGCUGCAACAUCACGUAACUAUUUUGUACAGUCAUUAUGCACUUAACCACACAAUCUCUGCAGCCUCUGAGGAGCCACCUAUUUAGAAUUACAUUUGUGUACAUACAGUAGAGGUUUUCAUCGCUUCAUCUAAAAGGACACAGAACUUGUUUGAUAAUACCAAAGAAAAGUAGAAGUUCUAGGUUAACAUUUGCUUUAUACAUCCUCACAUCAGGGCAGCUGAAGCAAUCAUGUAUACUUUGAUACACCAGAGGCUUAUUUUUAUACCCAUGAAUGCAGCUACCAUCAUGCUACACAUCAGAAUCCAUGAAGAGCUUAACUAAAAAGUAACUGGAGAAAGCUUGUUCAUUUGCUUGUACUCCAUAGCAAUGUAUGUUCAUUUAAGUCUGUCAUAUUUAUAAUUAUGGCUUUUAUGAAGUAUGAAAUAAAGAGUUUUCCAUUAAUUUAUUAGAUACA